AAAUAAAAGUCCGGUCGGGGUUUGGUGCUGCCGUGUUUGCGUUGGCGUUUCACUGUUAUAUUUAUUUAUUUAUUUUUUAAAAAACGUACACGACAAUAUGUCGUUGUCCACUUUUCAGAAGGUGACGCUCUUCUCCUGUCUCGUCCUGUGUGUUUCUCUUCUGCUUCCUAAAAUUCUGUUGUCUAGAGGCAAAAAGGAAGUGGGGCACGCGGAGGUUGGUCCUGGACGUUUUCCUCCCGUGAUGCACCGGCAGCCGUUGUUAGAAGGUCAGGCCCGUAGGGGGGCGAAGUUGUUGAACUCCAAGGCUUACAACCCAGAGGCUGUAGCCAAGACCAAGGGUGGGGGUGUGGGAGGCAGGGGAGGGGGCAAGACCAACCUCAUGGGGCAGAUCAUUCCUAUUUAUGGGUUCGGGAUCAUCCUCUAUAUCGUCUACAUCCUGUUCAAGAUCACAUCUAAGGGAAGAAAUGUGAAAUCGGACAACAGGUUCCCCGCCUCGAAAUCAGAAAACCUGAAGAGAAAAAUAACUGAUUAUGAGCUCGCACAGCUUCAGGAGAAGCUGAAGGAAACAGAGGAGGUGAUGGAGAGCAUUGUGUCAAAGGCGGGACAGAGCCCUGACAGCAUCAGAAGAGUUGCUGCGGAGCACGAGGAGAAGCUCCUGCAACAGCUGAAGGAGAUAACCCGUGUGAUGCAGGAGGGCAACCUGGUGGAAGGAGCCUCGCUAGGAGUGGAGACUCAAGAGCCCUCAUAUGCAGAGAACUGGGAAGACGAUCCCAAAGAGACCCACCCUCGGCACACCGGACCUCACUGUCAGCCGACACGUGACACCGAUGCCCCUGUGGAGCGCGAUAGCACACUGGCCACAGCCAAAGAGCUUGAUGAGGGGGUGAGGGAUAUGGUAGAGAAAGUGGGUCUGGAUGGGAAGCUCCACCUGCCCACAGGCCCACCCCAACGCAGGGAUGCUGAAUGGCUGGAGACAGAAAGGGCAGAACUACGGGGUCAGCGAGAAAAAGAAGAAGGAAGACAAUGUCGCGAGAAGGAAGAGGAUGCUGCACUGAAAGCAGAGAGUCUGAGCUUGAGCUGGGAAGACCACGGUGACACCAGUACUCAGGAGGACAUGGACGAGGUCCUUCUUAUAGCUGGUUCUGCUGACAAAGAGAACCUUGCUGAGGCAGAGAUCACCGCAGAACUGGGGUUGGGUGGGCUCAGGAAUCGCAGCAAGAGAGGGAUGCAGCACCCCAAUAAAUCAUAAUAGC